AUGUCCGUCUCAGCAGUGCAGAAUCUCGAACAUCUACGGCGCAAGAACAGCUCGAAAUCCUUCCUUACGCGCAACGACAGCUACCGUCGGUCUACGCGAGGCAGCGAUGGCACAGUAAACACCACUUCAUCGGCAAGGACAAACAUCACGGCACCGCCCGAGUACAGCAAGAAGUUCGUCGUGGUCGGUGAUGGAGGGUGUGGCAAGACAUGCUUGUUGAUCUCGUACUCGCAAGGCUACUUCCCGGAGAAAUACGUACCUACAGUCUUUGAGAACUACAUCACAACGGUUGAGCAUAAGCGAUCAGGAAAGGGGGUCGAGCUCGCGCUAUGGGACACAGCAGGACAAGAGGAGUAUGAUCGGUUAAGGCCGCUGUCGUAUCCGGAGACGGACCUCUUGUUCGUUUGCUUCGCCAUUGACUGUCCCAACUCUCUUGAGAACGUGCUCGACAAGUGGUACCCUGAAGUCCUCCAUUUCUGCCCGACCACACCGAUCAUCCUGUGCGGCCUCAAGUCCGAUCUCCGACAAAAGCGUAACUGCAUCGAGCUGCUUCGGACCCAAGGGCUUACACCAGUCACCCAAGAGCAAGGCAAAAGCGUCGCGAAGAAGAUGAGCGCGCUCUACAUGGAAUGCUCGUCCAAGGAGAUGAGUGGUGUACACGAGAUUUUCGAGACGGCGAUUGAUAUUGCCGUUCGCGGCCAGGACGAGCAGAUGGCGGAGGCAGCACCCGUAUGCAAGGGUGCCGGUAUACAAGGCGGUAAUGGCAGCGUAAUGCCCGCCAAGAAAAAGAAGAGGAGUAAUUGCAAGAUUCUCUGA